AUGAAUCCUAACAAUACUAAUUCAAACAAUGAUCAACAAUUUCCUACUCAUGUACGACGAAAAAAAUGUCAUGGUAAUCGACGUAAUCAACGUUUUCGAAAAAAAUGUCGUGCAAAAGGCAUGAAACCAAAAAUCAUCGAAAAGUUACUUAUGAAACGAAAUCAAGCUGAAAACCGAAAUCAUAAUAAUAGAAAACAUACGAAUAUCCAAAAAACACAAUCAAACAAACAAACAACUGAUAUCAAUAAUCAUUCGAAACCGACGACAAUAAAUCCAAUUAAACGCAAAAGAGAUCUUUCAUUGCAAGAAACAAGUCAAUUAUCCACUAGUCAACCAUUAUCGAAAAAAAUAUAUACACGAAUGAUUUCAAUGGGUGGAACUGCAGAAAAUGAUGAAAUGUCUUCAUUAUUCUCGGGUCGUGCAGCAUGUCAUCUUUUGGCAAAACAAUUCGAGCUUGGAUUAGAAGAUUGUGAUCAAGCAAUAUCAAUAAAUGAGAGAAAUAUAGAUGGUUAUAUACAAAAAUGCAAAAUACUCGUGCAAUUAAAACGAUUUCAAGAAGCACGAGAAGUAAUUGAACGUGGAAAAUUAGUACUAGGUGAACAAGAAUUAUUCACGAACUGUGAACGUUUUGCUGAUCAAUCUUGGCUCACGUUAGGUACGUAA